AGUAAGCUCUAUUUUGAAAUUGUGACUCGAUUUUAACGAUUCUUCGCUUAAUGGUAGAUGAUUGCCAGCAUAGUGUUACAACAAACACAAAUGUUGUGGGCGCACAAUACGCCAACGUCCAACCAUCCGGCGGGCAGACACCAUAUUCUUUGCACAGCGCUACCUCACAGCAGCAGCUAAGCCCAGGUGAUGGCUGGCAUAGAAGUAUUGCGCCCAUGCAAACAUUGCAUACGACCUACGGCAAUAAGUUACCAAGAAGCUGGCAGCCUCCAUAUCAGCAGACGUCCAACAGUAAAACAACACAACAAGCCUUAGACCGUGCUGGCCUUUCUGCUGUGCUUCAUUCGUCUUUGUCGCAACAUCUACAUGCGAGCCAACGAUUAAACCCAUUGACUGCGCGCAGAAUAGAACGAAAUCCAACUGAUCCUGCUGAAAUGCUCAAUUUGUUGACUACCCUAGUGCGGGAGUUUGCAAAAAGCAACCAGAAACAAAACGUGAUAUAGUAGAAAUUGGUUUCUAUUGAGACUAGAUUGGAUAAUAUGAACGCAAUGAGAACGACCAACGAGGGGUUCACCACUAAAAAACUUUUCGUACACCUUGCGGUUGGAGGUUAAUUUUAGCAAAUUUUUUAGCAAAUUACGCAAAUUUUCGGCAAAUUAAGCAAAUUUUAAAAAAAUACGUACAAUUUUCGCAAAAUUUUCGCAAAAUGUGCAAAUAUCAAGCAAAUUACGCAAAAAUCACACAAAAUACGCAAAAAUUA